GAAACAACGAACGACACACGUCCCAAAUCGUCGCCGAACCGCUAUCGCACACGUCUCGUACACUAUCUUCAGUCUCUGCAUACCUAUACAGCGCUCAUGGCGCGCUUGAACGAGCCGCCGGCGGCCGUGCCUCAGCCGUCGGCCGACAACAUCGAAGUCGUGAAGCGCCGCUUUCUGCGACAGAACCGCGAGUUGGCAAAGACCAACUCGCAACAGUCAAUGCGGAUCCGCACACUCGAAAGCGAUUGCUCCCGUCUGCUCGCUGAGAAUCUUGCCCUCCGCGAACGCGCGAUGCACCUCCAACACACAGUCGAUAAGCAAGCAAACGCCCUUUCUUUCGAGAGUAUCGAUGUCGUUAGGUCGCAGUUGGAAGCUAAGAUGCAGGAGCUUGGUAGCUUGGUAGCUUCGUUGGGGCAGCCAAAGCAGGCGGAGAGACGACGCAAGAGCCAGCACCUUGCCAGACACCGCCCGCAGGAAAGGAACUUCAAAAGCGGGCUGUACAUACAAGAGGUGGAGAACCGCCUGUUGCCUACUAUCGAUGAGGGUAACGAUCACCCUCGGCGCACCAUGAACUCAGAUGAGAUCCGGAUGAUGUUGGAGGACCCUGAGACCCAAUCGCCCGAUAUUGGUCCACCGCCCACGUCGAGCUUUGAAGCUGAGGAACCGAUUGCGUUCGAUCUUAACCCUAGUUCAGAUCGACACACGGACGAGGUUGCUACUCAAGACGAGCCUGUAGAAGACGAGCCUGUUCUACCAAUGAACCUAGAGACACGGAAGAAGCGGAGAGAGAGUGGGCCGAAACUCAACAUUCGUCGUAUAUCUGUGUUUGAAUCGCCAGAAGAAGUCAAGGAGAAACCAGGCAAGCUGAUGCGCACUGGAGCUAAGAGGAAGUUUAGUGUACAGGAAGACGAAGAGCGACCAGAGACCCAUGAAGAAGAGGUCAUUUCUAGCCACGAGGCGGUUCAAGAGGCAGGAAAUGACGACGAUUCUGAUAAACCUCAGUCUCUUUCUCUGCCUCGAUCAGCCCUUAGCAAUAGAUCUGUCAACACCGACCCACUGGUGUCGCCAAAGAAGCAACGCUCAUCUAUGAAAGAUCAAGAGAAGCCACAGAAGAAGAAGCUACCCAGUGUGAACCCACGAGGUCGCCCGCGCCUCCCGAUCACGCGAACCAUCACACCACCUGAAAUUCCCAUGCUCGCAGCGCCUGAGCCCGUUCUCGUGGCUGAAAUCAACCUCGACUCUCUUCCACCAAAAACCCCUGCUGCGGAUGCUAUAUUCUCGCCGCCGCCAACAGAACCUUCAACAUCGCGACCUGGCAACAGAGACACCCCUCCACCAGGCGACGUGAGCUCAGGAAACCAAACAGGACAGGCUGGACGACCAUCGCGAAGAGCACGCCCACAAGUCAGCUACAAAGAACCAAGCCUUGCCGCCAAGAUGCGCCGUGAUGGCAAGCUGGCCGACGCUGUUGUUCCUCAAACCGACAGGAGGACGAGCGUAGAAAUGACGCUUGCGCCUCUUACCACAGGCAGGGUGGCCUUGAAGCGUGAAACAGGAGACGAGGAGGCCGAGGCAGGAAGUCCACUACGACAAAAACUUGACAGACGAGACAAUGCUCCCCAGCUUGACUCGGCUCAGGCACAUCCGUCAGCGACUUCGAAAGCGAUAUCCGCAUUGAUCGAUCAAACGAGUGUGGUGAACAGACGAGCAUCGUCGAAUUUUACGGCAAAGACUUCGGACGAGCCAUCAUCAGAGCCAGUUGACGAAAAAGAGUCUGCCGUAGAGGCAGAGGCAGUCGAGAAGGACAAUCUCGCAAUCUUUGACUUCAACGAGUCAUCUCCCGUCCACUCUAAACGUCUGAGCACCGAUCUUGCCAAGGUGGUACGGAACUCUCGGCGGCACUCAGCCGUUCCAGCUUUGGCUCUUGGUGAGUCCGAGAAGGUCGGGGGCUCCCUCCCAUUACUAGACAAGCGCAUGGGAAGCGGGACAAUCAAGAGCACCAGCACAACUAGCUUGGCAAAGAGCACUUCUGCUGCAAGAUUGAUUGCGAAGAAGACAGCAGCGCCAACGUCCUUAGACACAAAAACCGACGAUUCGGCAGCAGGCGACGCGGGGAAGGCGACUGCGACAAGCGCACUCAGGGCUGAAAGGAUGGCUAGUCGCCGGAAGAGCAUGAUGCUUUAGGAGAGCAUCAGCCACGAAAGGAGCGAGCUUGUGCUCUCGAUGGCGAAUCGAGCAGACUCGUAGGAGUUCAAAAGUGCAGAUGAUGUUUCACACGAUACCCUGAC